UGUCGGUGGAGGAAGGAAGAAGAGCAGUCGUUCUCAGCUUUAACAAUGGCAAAUAGAAGUUUAUUCCGGUUAGUGGGGUGCAUUUCUCUGUGCCUAAUUAAAUGAUAUAUACAAUUAUUCAUUCAUAUUUCUUUGCUGCUACCCUCCACUGUCUUCUUCCUUGUCCAACCUUCUCCUCCUCAUCGGGCCCCAAUUCAUUCAACAAAAGGUCUUAAAUAAAUAGUCACUCCCUCACUGCCUCUCCCUUCGCCGCUCCUCCUCUUCUUCUUCUUCUUCACUGCAACUCCUCAAAAUUGCAGUGAAGAAGCUGCUUAAUGGGCAUGGUGGGUUCAGGUUGUUAUGCUGCAAUGGAUUCAUUAUCUGAAACUGCAGAUAUUGAUAUUGAGACUGGUGUUGGUGUUGGUGGGUGUAUUAGUGAAGAAGAAGAUGAAGAAGGAGAAGAAGAACAAAGGGCUGUUUAUUCCAAGACUUGUUGCAGGUCUCUGGUAAGAACUGAUGGAUCCACUGAAACAACUAUGAACAGCAGUAGCAACGUUCUUGUUUUGGAUGAUGUGAAAUUGUUUGAGACAAGAACUAAAGUAGUUAAGGAGAAAAAAUCGUCUAAAAAACCUCCAAGGCCUCCUCGAUCUUCAAAACCUUUGUCACUUGAUGCUGCUGAUCAGAAGCUAAUCAAAGAGAUUUCUCAACUUAUAAUCUUGAAACGGGCUAGGGUUGAGAGAAUCAAAGCACUCAAGGCUAAGUCUGCCAAGGCUGCUUCUUCUUCUGCUAAUGGCAAUCUCUUUGCCAUGAUAUGCACAAUUCUCUUCUGUGUCGUCUUCAUCUUCCAGGGAGUUUCCUCUGGAAGAAGGAUCGAUACGAAGACGGUUUUUCAGAGUUCUCGGGUAUCGCCUGAAAUUGUCGGUUAUGAGUUGCCAAUUCCACCACUAAAUUAUGACAGUAUGAAACCCAAGGUUGAAGAAGAUGCAGAUGCUACAAGUUGAAAGUUUUAUGUGUUUUAAGUAGGGAGUGUGUUUUUUUCUCAUUUUGUUAAUUGAUUGUCCAGUCAAAAUUGCAGUGUAUAUUAUGUCAAGCUCUCUUGGUGAUCCAUAAUCUAUUCUUGUGAUGAUAAUAAUUUGUUGGAGAUUCCACUCCGA